CAGUCGUUGUAUCGCGCCGUGACCAAACGCGACGGCCCUCUGUUUUGCUUCCCGCUCACCAGCUCCAGUCCAGUCAUGAGCCCGGUACGGUGCCAGUACCAGUACCAGGCUACCAGCCAGUAUAAAUGCUGCCGCAGACUGAAUGUACAGAUCACACAGCAGCAUCAACAAGCAGCAAAGGCAAAUUGCUACUAGCCCCGUGCAGUCAAGUAGCAAAUCUUUCUUGCGUCCACACAUCGACCGACCACCGUGCUCGUCGGUCACCAUGCCGUCGAUUGACGUGGCCACCGAAGACGGCGAGAUGAAGCAGCGGCAGCCGGAGCAGGAGCUGGUCUGCGUCACGGGGGCCGGAGGCUUCAUCGGCUCCUGGGUCGUGAAGGAGCUCCUCCUCCGCGGCUACCGCGUCAGGGGAACCGCCCGAGAUCCCGCUGACCGCAAGAACGCGCACCUGCUGGCGCUGGAGGGCGCCGAGGAAAGGCUCACCCUGUGCCGCGCCGACGUCCUCGACUACGACGGCCUCCGCGCCGCCUUCUGCGGCUGCCACGGCGUCUUCCACGUCGCCUCGCCGGUGUCCAACGACCCCGACCUCGUGCCGGUCGCCGUCGAGGGCACCAGGAACGUGAUCAGAGCGGUGGCGGACGCCGGCGUGCGGCGCGUGGUGUUCACGUCGUCCUACGGCGCCGUGCACAUGGACCCCAACCGCAGCCCCGACGCCGUGCUCGACGAGGCCUGCUGGAGCGACUACGACUUCUGCAAGAACACAGGCAACCUGUACUGCUGCGCCAAGAUGAUGGCGGAGAUCACGGCGACGGAGGAGGCGGCCAAGAGGGGGCUGGAGCUGGCGGUGGUGGUGCCGUCCAUGACGAUGGGCCCCAUGCUGCAGCAGUCUCUCAACUUCAGCAGCAGCCACGUCGCCCGCUACCUCACCGGCGCCAAGUCAAUCUACCCCAACGCGGUCGCCGCCUACACCGACGUCCGCGACGUCGCCCGCGCCCACGUCCUCGUCUACGAGCACCCCGACGCGCGCGGCCGCUACCUCUGCAUCGGCGCCGUGCUGCACCGCACCCACUUCCUUCAGCUCCUCGGCGACCUCUUCCCGCAGUACCACAUAACCGCCAAGUGCGAAGAGGACGGCAAGCCCAUGGCGAAGCCGUACAAGUUCUCCAACCGAAGGCUGAGGGAGCUGGGAUUGGAGUUCACUCCGUUGAAGGAAAGUUUGUACGAGACGGUGACGUGCUUGCAGAAAAAGGGCCACCUGCCUCUCCCCGUUGUUCCCGUAGCACAAAAGCGCGCCUACUUGUAACAGGACGCGGGACAAUUCUGUCUGAUGAAAUACAGAGCAAAGCAGGAAAGAAGAUGACGAUGUAAUCAGGAUUUUUAAGAUUCAGCAUGGAAUCGUGUAUCUAUACAAGUUAAAUUGUUAGCAUGUACGAAGUAGAUACUACUUUUAUGUAAUGAAUGAUGAUAAUGUCAUUUGGGUUCGAAAUCA